GGCCAGUUCUAUUACUUUGUGAGUAUGUCAAACGUAGAAAUUGCUUAUAACCAUCUACUUAACUGGGUGGUUGCCAGAGGGGAACUUCCAAAUGACUACGCCAUUAAACUAUUGAAUCUGGAAAAAUACUGUAAGAGCUACUUUUCAGGCAAUAAUUCGAUCCCUUCGUCUAUUGAAUCAAUCUUUGUGGACAUAGAGAAUGAGUAUACCGAAUGGUAUGAUCCUAUCAGCAAAGCUUUCGAAAUUUUAAAGGAGACUGAUGAGGGUAAAAAGACAAACUUACUAGGGCAAUACACAUACGAACCAAUGUACAAUAUAAGCAAAAUUUUGAAGAACUUCCAUCGCCAUAAUUUACAUAUUGUUUCAUAUCAUCAGCUGUUGCAUAAAUAUGCAACAUAUUAUGCUCCUCAUUUGCGAAAAUCAAUUGCAAGAGUCAACAGUGAGGUUGCCGACUGCAAAUUUAAGGAAACAGAAUCAGCACGUAAAUUGAAGAAUAUGACAUCUGAAUUGGAAAAUAAACUAAAGAGAUUUGAUAUUGAACUGUCUGACUAUCCAUUUAAGGAAGAAAAUCAGUCUUUGUUGUAUUUUAAAUUACAAGACAAAAUUAAAUCCAAUGCCAUAAAAUUUAUUAAGGAAUCGUACAAUACUAGCAGUUCGCUGAUAAAAUCAUUAUAUCCUUCCUUGAUCGAUAUAGUAAGUGCCUUCGUCGCUUUUCAGAGAACCUCCGAUGUCUACUCCGUCGAAGAUUCUACAAAAUAUUUUAAAUUUGCAUCAGAACAUGGAUUGGAAUCAUUCGCCUUGGCCUCUUCACUCAAUAAGUCCAUAGAAAAGCUUUCGACUGAAUCUGAUGCAGCCACUCGGAAUCAUUCCACAACUUCAGAUGGCAUAACAAUUUUAAAUGAAAGCUAUGGUAAUAGUUUAGGCAAUAAUGUUGGAAUUAGUGAAGAAGACUACAACUUCAUCUUCAAAACAUUUUUGGGGAGUUCAUUGUGCCGUAAAUUGCUUCUGAGCGACUUGUAUGAGAUGAAAAUAUUCUUGUUGGUAAGAGCAGAUGAGUUGAAACGAUCAUACUCUUUACCUAAUUACAAUUUAAUAUCCGACUUGGAUGAUACAAAAAAAAAACUAUCAUUGUCUGAGUGCGAAUUGUACAUAUCAAAACUAACCGAAACAAUUCAAUUACUCACCAGCAAAGAAAUGAUAAAUAUGCAAAACAUUAUUAAAAGUCAACAAAAACUUACAGAUGCUGUGCAGCAUGAAAUGGUACUGUGGACGCAAUGUAUGAAUGAACUCGCGAAGCAAUCUGCAUUUCAAUACAAAAUAAAGUCAUUAGAUACAUCGCUUUCACUCAUAAAACAGGAGCUCGAAACUGUAAAAAAUAACGCCAUAAGUAUAAAACAUAAACUCGAAAAGGUCGUAUCUACUGUUUCUGGGACUAAUGUAAUGAUAUUUGGCGAGAUCGAUAAUCUCUAA